GACAUCACCGAGGCAUCAGCCAAUGGCGGGAGGAGUUUGUCGCGGGCCUGCAGUUUGAACGGCCGAGCGAGCGGCGGGUGAAAUGUUGGCGGCGGCGGCGGGGCUGCUUAAAGAGGUAGAAGCUGCAAAAAAUCUUCCCAAAGAAGAAGAAUGUGUAACAGACGAAGGUCCCACUGUCGUUCAGCAUGCAAUUGGUUUUCGGAGGAACCAGAAAAUGAUGUUUCGACAGCUGAAGACGUGUGCUUUGUUGUUAGAUCUGGUGAAAAACAGUGAUGCCAAUGGGAUUAAAGAAAUCGACCAGCAGCAGGAUAUCCAGCGGAAAGUUAAUGAAACAAGACAGAAGUGGAAGAGCUUGAAGUCAGAAUGUCGAGUGCAAGAAGAGGAGCUGCAAAACAUCUCCACAAUCCUACAGAAAUUCCAAGCUCUGGAGGCAAAACAGCAGGCUCUGAGGGACGCUGUUCAGUUAUAUGAAGCAAAGAAACAACAGCUUGAAGAGGUUGUUCAACAGAAGAGGUUACAGCUUCAGGAGGAGCAGAAGCUUGGAUUGGCUGAAGAGAAGAGCGUGAUUGAGCAAGGCAUUGAGGAAUGCUCCCUGUCUAUAAGCAAGUGCCGUGCCUUGAUACAACAGGCACAGAAAGCAGUCCAGCUAUUGGCCAGGAAAGGUGGCUUCAGUGACAGCAUACGUCCUUGCGAUUUCCACACACUGUCACAGCUCCACCAGAUUAUGGAAACCCAGUCAGGUGUGAAAGUCCUGGGGCUCUGUGAAGAUCAAGUGACUCUUCAGUUUGAUCCCCGUGCGCUGAUCCCACUGACCAAACUUGCUCCACUCGUGCUCACAAUAACCUGGGCUGACAAUGGAACAGCGAAGCUCGAGACGAACUGUGCCUUCCUUGACCUGUCUGAAAUGGAGUCAGCUGAUCUGCCCAACGUUACAGCUGAAACCUGGAAACGUUACAUGAGCCAGGCUGAACUAUGGGGGGAAAUCCAGUACCUACAGAACAGGUACGCUAUUGAUUGGCUGGAAAAUGAACGAAAGCUGAGGUUUUUACAUUCGAUUGCUGGCAGCUCCUCAAACGUUGUUUACACCUUGUACAUCGAGCACGGUUACCCAGGCGACGGCGAGGUCAAGCUCAGCUCCAUCCAAGAGAACAAUAGGCUUAUUGAUAUAGUAACUAAGCCUCCACAAGACAAACCAUUGCUCUCUGACUGGUUGGAGUAUCUCAACAACUUGGAGUGUCAGCAAGGAUAGAGGGCCUUUUCCUUUUAUGUGUACAUAUGGACUUGCAGUAAGCUGCAGAAAAUGACAUUUUCUCUCUCUCUCUCGCUCUGUCUCUUGCUCUGAUUAAAAAGUUUGUUAUGGUCUGCAGU